AUGGCAAAUAUCGUUGCGUUCGUGAUUUUGUUUUGCCUACUGAAUGUGACAACACUUCUCACGCACGCAGCUUCAUGCAGAUCCAACGGCGCUCAUUCCCCCGAGAUCAAUCCCUCUGGAACGCCUGCCAUUCUCACUCUCAACGACUUCGGUCGCGACGGAGACGGAGGGGACGCCUCCGAGUGCGACGGCAAGUUCCAUCCGUUGCCGCAGAGAGUGGUGGCGCUGUCCACCGGAUGGUACAGCAACGGCGCACGGUGCGGGAGAAUGAUCAGAAUCAAAGCUAGAAACGGAAGGAGUACGGUGGCGAAGGUGGUGGACGAGUGUGACUCCGUGAAUGGUUGUCCCAGAGCAUGCAAGAACAACGUGGUGGAUGCGUCGGAAACUGUGUGGAAUGAUUUGGGACUCAACACUGAUGACGGUGAAGUAGCAGUUAUUUGGACCACGGCAUGA